UUUGGUGGUAUCAUUUUUCUCAGAUUGUUCUUGAUUUUUAGGCUUACUAUCCAUUGUUAUCCGCACAUUUGAAAAGCAAGAAAUUUAUUGCAGUCCUUGCAUACUGGCUUUAUCUGGAAAACCCCUUUCCCUGUCAUGCAGCAAUUCUUGGUAGGGUGUCUCUUGUGGUCUGCAGGUAAACUUGUUGCUGAAGUCCUCAGGCAGGCUGGCCUGGUGCCUGUGUCAGCAGGUGGUAGGCCUGGUUCCUGGAUCUGUACAAUUGGCCCUGAAGCCUGGAUCUACUGGGGUAGCUCUUUUCAUUGGGUAUAUGGGGAUGAACGUAAAGCCUAUGUCUAUAGGGGCAUGCACAGAGCCUGUACUAAUAGGUGCUGGACUGAAGCCUGGGUCCCUAGCUGUUGCCAUGGCUCUGAGGUGGGCAUUGAGACUAUGUCUGCAGGAAAUGGCCAGGUUCUGGAAUGGGCCUAGUAUCUGGGUCUCCUGGGAUGAGCUUGGAAUCUGAGUCCAUGGAGACUGGCCUGGUACUGGUGCAGGACUGGAGCCUGAAUCUGGAGAAAUGGGCCUGGGAUCUUGGUAGAUGGGAGCCUGAGACUUCAGAGAUGGUCCUAGAGCCUUUAUGAUGACCAGCCUAGCAUCAGGAUCUACUGAAGUUGGCCUGUACCUGGUCUGAUAGAGCACAACUGGGCCCUAAGUUUAUUGGAUCAUGGGUCACAAAAAACAGCCUGGAUCCUGAAGCUGGCCUAGGGCUGGGGUGGGGUGGGGUCAGUCUAGAGUCUGAGACCGUAGGUGCUAGACUGGUGGCUGGAGCCACAGGCGCUGGUCUAGAACCUGGGGAAUGAUCUGGAGACUGGGUGUGUGAGUUCUGGCCUAGAACCUAGGUCAUCAGGGGCUGGCAUGGAGACUAGGUUCACAAAGGCUGGUCUGGGUCCUAGGGCUAUAGGAACUAGAUUGGAACCUAGGUCCAAAGAAGCAGUCCUAGAUACUGGGUCUGUAGGCACCAGCCCAAUACUGGAGUCAACUGUGAUGAGCCUGGACCCUCCAUCUACUGGAACAUGGGACCAUAGGAACUGGCCUGGACAGUGGGGUGGCAGAAACUAGCCUAGCCUUAUAGGAAGGCCUGGAGCCUGCAUCUGCAGAUGCUUGCCAGAUACCUGGCUAAAGGGUAGGGCUAGGGAUGCUAACCUGGAAUUGGGUUGGCCUGAAUUCUGGAUUUGUGUGAGCCAACCUAGUUCUGGGCUAGUCUGGAACCUAGGGUAGACUUGAGGUCUGAGACCACAGGGGCUAGCCUGGUGCUAGGCAGUCCCAGAGCCUUUAUCCACAGGAGGUUGGAUCUAUGGAUACUGGCCUGGUAAGUAGAGUUAUAGGGGCCAGCCUGGUCCUGGAGCUAGUCUGAAACCUGGAGUUAUGGAGGCCAGCCUGGUCCUGGAAGCAGUCUGGAGCCUGAAGUCUGGCGCUGGCCUGGUCCCAGGAACAGUCUGACACCUAGGGCUCUGGGGUAGACCUAGCAUUAGGAUAUAUCCAGAAACCAAGUCCACCAGAAAAGACUGGCUGUGGGAUCUGGUCUGGCUCAGUCUGCAGGUACUGGCCUAGAGUUUGGGGCCAUACAGGCAUACCUAUUACUGGGUUUUACUGAAGUAGCCUCUGUGUUGGGGUCCAAGGCAAAGUUCAGUGCCCAAUUCCCUUUUCUUCUUCCACACAAAGGUUGUCUCUGUCUGUGCUUUGCUGCCUGAUAUUGUGGGAGGGGUGACACAGUAGUGCAAAAGUGUUCUUCCUAUGCUCUUCAAUUCAUCUUUUCUUAUUCCUCUGCUACACUAAGAUUCUGUAAUCUUUCACCUGGUUUCCUUGCCUCUUAUGAAGGUUUGUGCACAGAUAGUUAUUUAAGUUGAUGUUUCUGUGCAAGAAUAAGUGCCAGAAAGUUCCAUUCUGACAUUUUGCUGAUGUCCAGUUUUACAGCAUCUAGCCAGAUUUCUGUAUAAUGAUUUUAAAAGUGCCUCAGCAGCCUCAGGGUCAGGUAUUCUGCUAAUUUGGAAAGAAAGAUGGCAGAUCUUAUGUUAAUGAUCUUAUCAAACACAUACAUAUAUACACACAAUAAUAAUAAAGCAGACAAAACUUUUGGAGAUGAUAAAUAUAUUUAUGGCAUACGUUGGGGUCAUGGUUUCAUGAGUAUGUAUUCAUCUCUACAUUCAUCAGGUUUUAUACAUUAAACACAUACAGCUUUUAUAUGCUAAUUAUACCUCAAAAAAGUAGUUCUACAAAAAAAAAAAGAAAGGAAGUUAAAGACAAUAGAAGAAAAAUACUUGUUGGGCUCUUUCCCCAUGAAGUAUGACUUGUAUAUCAGAUUUCUAAUGGUUAUUGAAUCUUUCAGAUUUUCUGAUGAUAAGUAUAAUAAGACAAAUAGUAUGUUGGGCUAGAAAAGACAAAAAUACAUAUUUGAGGAUGGAUUUUCCCCUAACAUAAUAGGACUUGUUGUACAAGUUAUUCAAGCCAGUACCAGGCUGAAGGGAGAGAAAAGUUUCCAGAUCAAAUAUUUGUGUCAUUGGUUCAACUAAAGUCUCAAGUAGAAGAGACUUAUUAUGAGAUACUUGGAGCCACAAUAUUCAAAAUUCAUCACGAAGUGGGAACCAGCACCCUACAAAACAAAGAACAAUGGCUUGGGAUUCAGAACAUCUGGGUUCUGGUCUGUUUUGCACAUGCAAUCAUGUGUCCACUUUCCAGGACUUAUUUUCUUGAGACUAGACAAUCUCUGAUAAACCUCCUGUCUGAUUCUCCUCUCUUACAGGAAGUUAGGCCGGUGCUCAGAUCAGACUUUCGGUCACAAAAGAUGAAGGAAGAAGGCAUCGGGUGUCUUUCUUAACCACAGUUUUAGGACAUGGAUUUAGAGAAUGCAUUCACAGGAAUUAAGCAAAUAAUAAAAGCUGGAUUUGAGGUAGAAAAAUAGGAAACAGAAGAUGAAAAAAUCAGGGAAGAAAAUAUUUAGGAGCAAUGAAGAGUCCCCUAUUGCUUUGUAGUAUAGCCAAAAAUUUUUAUUUUUCUCUUCUUUAGACUCUAAGAGGACUAGAGCACAUGAGAGGGUUUUGGAGCUUUAAAAUGUUCUAGGAUGCCCCAAGCCAAGAAAGCAUGUCCCACAUCUUCCCAAUACCCUGAUCUAGCUAAAACCAUAUACCACUUCCUCAUUGCUCAGGAGGCAUUGAAACUUCAUCACCAACCCAGAACAGCUCCAGAAACCCCCAUCCUUUUCUGGGAUUUAUUCAAAUUGGUGCUAUCAGUCUUUUUGAUCCAAAAGAACCUGUGUUUAUUUGGCUCUUCUAUGCCUUGCCACCAGCCACCAAUCAGUUAAAACAUCUUUCCUUUGCUACAGAGAGGUGCAACCAUAUCGAAAGUCACCAUCAGUUCAAGGUCACAUCUGAGAGUUUCACCUGCUCAAUCACCAAAGCUCCUGAAUUAAGAGUUAGGGUUCUCCUUUGGACCAUCAAGAUGAACUUCAUUAGGAAUUCUGAGAUAGAGCAAGUAUUUCAGGGGAACAUCAGGUCCCAGUGUCCACCUGUCAUCUCAGAAGCUAGUAAAGAAAACUUUUUCCCUAGAAAGACUUCCGGUAUAAAAAAUGUUCCCAAGAUUUGAGAGUAUGAGAGUCUCUUGGUGAGUUCCCUGGUGAACAGAAAUCAGGAAUGUGCUGCUACACAGAAGAGAUGUACAAGCAUCUAGUCACUGCCUCAAGGUGUCAGAAGCAGGAUCUGAAGUGGAGUUUCUGGUAACCCCCAAGAGUGCUGAGUGAACACGGAAGGUACCUGCAGGAUCCUCUUGUGCCCGUUGAUCUCUCAGAGCAGUUGAGGCUCACAGAGUUUCUUCUUGAAGGACUCAAGGACUGAAGCAUCCCACAAAAUGAUCCUACUGAAUAAUUCCCAGAAGCUGCUGGCCCUAUACAAAUCCUUGGCCAGGAGCAUCCCUGAGUCCCUGAAGGUGUAUGGCUCUGUGUAUCACAUCAAUCACGGGAACCCCUUCAACCUGGAGGUGCUGGUGGACUCCUGGCCUGAGUAUCGGAUGGUUAUUAUCCGGCCUCAAAAACAGGAGAUGACUGAUGACAUGGAUUUAUACACAAAUGUAUAUCGUAUAUUCUCCAAAGAGCCUCAAAAAUCACAAGAAAUUUUGAAAAAUUGUGAGAUCAUAAACUGGAAACAGAUACUCCAAAUCCAAGGUUUUCAAGGAAGUUUAGGUGAGGGGAUAAGAGUGGCUGCAUUUUCAAAGUCAGUGAAGGUAGAGCAUUCAAGGGCAAUCCUCUUUAUUACAGAAGAUAUCCUGAACCUCAAUGCCUCCAAUAAAAGCAAGUUUGGAAGCUGGGCUGAGACAGGCCACCCAGAUGUUGAAUUUGAGAGCGAAACUCCCGAUUUUAAGUAUGCUCAGCUGGAUGUCUCUUAUUCUGGGCUGGUAAAUGACAGGUGGAGGCGAGGGAAGAAUGAAAGGAGCCUGCGUUAUAUCAAGCGCUGCAUAGAAGCCCUGCCAACAGCCUGUGUGCUGGGCCCAGAGGGGAUCCCUGUCUCAUGGGUAACCAUGGACCCUUCUUGUGAAUUAGGAAUGGCCUAUAGCAUGGAAAGAUACCGAAAGAAAGGCAAGAUGAGACAGACAAUGGUGCAAUUCAAGAAAUAUCUGCGUCAGAAUAAUAUUCCAUUUUACCUCUCUGUGCUAGAAUUUAAUGAAGACUCCCGUAGAUCUGUGAAGCAAAAUGGUUUCUUUGAGGCCGCCUGUGAGUGGCACCAAUGGACCUGCUACCCACAGAUCUAGUUCCAUUUUAGACAAUGAAGCUGCUUAGCAAUCUUGGGCAAGCCAUCUUGUAAUAUUAAAGCAGACACCACAGAAUAGCUGUCUUCACUUACAAAUGUUUGUUUGGUAUUUAUGAUGUGCCAGGGACUCUUAUCACAUUGAUGUUAAAAGACACUGCCAUACUCUUGAGCUUACAAUCCAAGCAAGAGGCAGGGAAGGGUAUAGUCUUUAAAUAUGCAUCAGCGUUGUGAGGAAGGGUGGGGUUACCAGCAGACGUGUAACUAGAAAGCCAGGCUAGGGCCGGGCGCGGUGGCUCACGCCUGUAAUCCCAGCACUUUGGGAGGCCGAGGCGGGUGGAUCACGAGGUAAAGUGGUCGAGACCAUCCUGGUCAGCAUGGUGAAACCCCGUUUCUACUAAAAAUACAAAAAACUUAGCUGGGCAUGGUGGCAUGUGCCUGUAAUCUCAGCUACUCAGGAGGCUGAGGCAGGAGAAUUGCCUGAACCCAGGAGGUGGAGGUUGCAGUGAGCCAAGACGCGCCAUUGCACUCCAGCCUGGGUAACAAGAGCGAAACUCCGUCUCAAAAAAAAAAAAAGAAAAGAAAGCCAGGCUCAGUUCUUACCUCUGGGAAUUAGAACUCUUUAUGAAAGUUGGUUGAUAUAAUCUACUAUCUGGAAGAUAAAUGAAGGACUUUAAUGAAAUUGGUCAAUAGAAAAUUCCUAAUCUAUAUGGAUACUUUAUUGUAAAUAAAUAGCCCUGCUAUUUAUGGAUCUAUGAGGCAAUGGCUACUCUAAAGAAUGGAAUCCGUCUCUUAGUUUAGUGACUAGAAAAGUAGAAAAGGUGAAGCCUAAACAAAUGGCUUUCCUGGGCUACAUUUCAUCAUUGUUAUGCAGAAAAGUAAAUCCAGAGAAUCGAGUCUGCUGGACUUGAGGCCUCUGCUAUGGGAAUGA